GGAAGUGGAGUUGUUUCCCACUGGCUCUAACGUGUUAGCAACUACGAAAGUGUAUCAAAACGGUUUCCCAGCAUCAAAAUGUCUGGUUGUUGCGUUUACGGUUGCACUAAUCGAUAUUCCACCAAGGGGCUUAAGUUUUAUAGGAUUCCGACAGGAUCACGGCCGUUUCAGAAGAACCGGCGGCGCCUGUGGCUGCAGGCGAUUAAACGUGUUGAUUGGAGCGAGGACAUAAUAAAAAAUGCUCGCGUCUCCAGCGCCCACUUUAUAUCAGGUGAGGCGUCAUUGGACUCUAGUAGUCCUGAUUUUGUGCCUUCUGUGUUUGUGUACACAAAACUGAGCCAGAACCCCGAAGCAAAGUUGGAGAGGUACCAUAGGAAAAGGAGGAGAGAUGAUAGACCUAUAACGGCAGCAAAUCUAUGUGUUUCUUCUAAAACUCUGAAACAAGAAUGCAGCAUGGAUCAUUGUCCAGCUGAAGACGACAUCCCAGUUACAAAGAGGGAAUAUGAUGACCUGAACCAGAGACACUGUCAGCUUCAGGAGGACUAUGUACACCUGUGUCAGAAGUUUGAGGAACUACAAGCAGAAAAUGUAAAGCUGAAAGAGGAGCUGCAGAAAUCUACAUUUUCCUACACAACUGUCAAGUGCAACAUUGGACAGUUGUUUUUUCUCACCGGACUGACCUCCGUGCUCUUUGAGUGGCUAGUUACCAAAAUAACAGGCAGCUUAGAAAGAAUUAUCCAAAAACUUACACUAGAAGACCACCUGUUGGUUAUAUUGAUGAAAUUAAGGUUGGGUCUAGGUAAUACUGACUUGGCAUAUAGAUUUAAAUUAUCAAAAACCACGAUUUCAAAUAUUUUGCGGCGCUGGGUCCCUGGUAUGGCCUUGGUCCUUAAGCCACUCAUUAAAUGGCCAAGUAAGGGCGCAAUACUUAAAAAUAUUCCAAAAACAUUCAAGCGGAACUAAAAAAACUGCCAGUGCAUAAUAGACUGCACAGAAAUUUUCAUAGCUAGACCCAGUAAUCUGACUGCUAGGGCCCAGACAUGGUCAAAUUAUAAACACAACAACACAAUUAAAUAUUUAAUCGGCAUCACAGUUAUUCCAGUGUCGCAGGUUAACAUGCUAGACGAUGUUGUGACUGUAUGUGGUGCCCUCACAAACCUCUGUUAGAGUGUUGUUUCCAAAUGAGUAACACAUUACCAUGUAUUAGUUUUAACGUGAUUUACAUUUGUAAAACCUAUUUACUGUACAUGAAACAUAAUGCAUUAUAAUAAACCUCCCAACAUUGGCUGCCACUGGUGUGUAUAAUGUACACCCCCCAAGAUUAUCUCAACAAUUCACAGUGCUUUUCAAUUUCAUUUGUAAUUGUUAUUAGUAGUUUAAUUGCAAUGUAUGCAAGCAACAUAGUUACUAUUAAAGUACUAUAGCAUUACAAAAUCAAACUUUAAACAGAAGUGCGUCAACACAUAGCAAUCAAUAACAACAACAUAAAAUGUUGUCUUGUGUCCUUGUCUUUGACUAGGAAGAAUUUCUGAUUUCAACACACAAAACUCUGAGUCUAUGUCAUGGUAUUUGACGUUCUGUACAUGACCACAGACAACGUAUUCAUAAGCAUCCAGUGAUUUAUAUGCUCGUAAUUUCUCUUGGGUGUACACGCUCGGUUUCUCAACUAAAUACGUAUAUAUAUCUGGCCACUGUAUAUUUGGCCAUCUGCUAACGUCUUCUAUCCACUCCACUAUAGUACACGGAUCUGGUAGCCGGAUACCAUUUGAUAAAGUCAACUUUUUGAAAUAACUUUCUCUGUCUGUGUUGCUUAAUCCACUCGCGUAGCUUGACAGGCUGCUGAUUCUCGCCAUACUUCCGUUGCCAAUAUGCGCGCGCAUACGUUGCCACGUCAUCAUUGUGUACAAACAGUAAAAGGGUCUAUUUACAACGCACUAAAAAGAACCAGCUCUUAAGAGUCAUUUAUUUGGGAAUUGGACUACACUGGAUGUGCUGUAUGUUUUGCUCUGUAGAUUCAAAAGAAUUCA